AUGGAGGGUUCAUCUUCGAUUCAGAGCUGCGAUUCUCGGGAAAGUCCAUUGACGGCCAAUUAUAUUUUUAAAAUUGUCUUAAUAGGUGAUUCUGGUGUUGGUAAAUCGAGUUUAAUAUCGCGUUUUGUGCAAAAUGAAUUUUCAUUUGAAAGUCGAUCAACUAUUGGUGUUGAGUUUUUAACAAAACAAGUACAAAUUGAUGAUAAAAUAAUUAAAGUACAAAUAUGGGAUACGGCUGGUCAAGAACGAUUCAAAGCAAUUACAAAGCCUUACUAUCGUUAUGCAUUAGGUGCUCUACUCGUAUAUGACAUAAUGAGAGUAUCAACAUUUCAGCAUCUUGACGAAUGGUACAACGAAUUGACAUCCAAUGCCGAUAAUGACUGUUGUAUUAUACUGGUAGGAAAUAAAGUCGAUCAACAACAUAUUCGAGUUGUUUCAUCAAACGAUGCAAAAAAAUUUGCUGAUCAAAGAAAUAUGCAGUAUAUUGAAACGUCAGCUUUGGAUUCUACGAAUGUGGGACAGGUUUUCCAAAAUCUUAUUCUUGAUAUUUGUCAAAAUAGGACACCUCCAUCCUAUACAUUACGACGACCCGACCCACAACCUCCACAGCGAUGUUGUUUCUCAUGA